UUGGAUACCCCUCCUGUUUCCCAUGGCUAGACAUGCUUUCCACGGAAGGUUGGAAACAGACAACUUCACUUGUGUGACGGAGAUGCUCAUAUCCAAGCCUACACACAAACACGGUAUUGACUUGUAAGUGCUAUGGUUAAGACCUUCCAGUCAUGACCGUUUGUAUAUGAGAAACAACGUUGUCUGAAUUCUUCUUCGCGAAAGACGGUUGGGCUGUGAUUUGAGGGAGACUUUAUUGUUAUUUCUAGCGGGUAAGCACACCACGGGUUGUAUAGGCUGCUACAACCUCCCCCCCCCCAUUCCCACCAUCCAGUCGACAGAAGAGCGACAAUUAUUGGAACUCUUCAGUGAAAGGAGAACAGUUAUGUCGCUUUUACCCAGAAUGCAGCACGUGUGACCCUCAAACAAUGAAGUCCUUCCUGUCGUUUUCCUUCAAUUAUUUUUUAUUUCCAGCGACCUUCCAUUAGUGACCACCCCUACUGACACUCUGAUCCCACCAUGGGCCACUGUACAUAACCAUUCACCCUCCCACAGCCUCACACUCCGCCCUCCUUCCAUUUUUAGUCUCUAAUUUACCGCCGAAAUCUUAUUUCAAUUUCUCCCUCCAAAUAAUUCCAGUUUCUUCAAACCCUAAAAACCCUUCCCCCCUCCUCUAACCGACUUCCACUCUUUCUGAGCUACUAUAAAUCCAGCCGUGACCACCACCAAUAAUGGAUCCAUUAAAUACUCACUACUUCACGACGGGACUCACACCUCAGUUACAGAGUCCGAUGGUGUCUCCUGCUUUUAAUUUAUCUUCGAUUGGGUCAUCACCAGUGAUGCCAGGAUCUAAUUCCAGUGUCUACCCACAGCCAACAUCGGCCACUGGGGCCCCUAUGACACCAAUGACUCCUGCUACACCAACAUCAGAAGGAUCAGGCAUAACACCUCAAUUACAAAAUAUUGUAUGCACAGUGAACCUCAGUUGUAAAUUGGACCUGAAAAAGAUAGCAUUACAUGCCAGAAAUGCUGAGUAUAACCCAAAACGGUUUGCUGCUGUGAUUAUGCGAAUACGAGAUCCAAGAACGACAGCUCUUAUCUUUAGUUCAGGCAAAAUGGUCUGCACCGGUGCUAAAAGUGAAGAUAUGGCCAAGCUAGCAGCACGGAAAUAUGCAAGAAUUGUCCAGAAACUUGGAUUUCCUGCAAAAUUCCUUGACUUUAAGAUCCAGAACAUGGUUGGUAGUUGUGAUGUCAAGUUCCCCAUUCGUCUUGAAGGUUUAGUUUUAACACAUCAACAAUUUUCAAGUUAUGAACCAGAAUUGUUCCCGGGAUUAAUCUAUCGAAUGGUCAAACCCAGGAUUGUGUUGUUAAUAUUUGUGUCUGGGAAAGUUGUCCUAACAGGGGCCAAAGUCCGACAAGAAAUUUACGAUGCCUUUGAAAAUAUCUAUCCAAUAUUGAAGGGUUUCAAGAAGCAGUGAGUGCCAGUCACCUUUAUCCCUGUUCAAUAUUCAAAUAUCUGGCACAGACAGCAACACGGAAGGAACAUGCCGCACACCACACCAUAAUCUUGUAGAAGACCAGUCUUUGGUAAACAUUGAACAUAGAAUGUUGGUGUUGUGUCAGACAAGUUUCGUAAUCCAUCUUUUCCAAAGUUAGAAGAAUAAAGACACAUUGGAAGAGAGUUUGUUGUUUGCCAAGGUGGAACCCUCAAGUUCUGCCGAAUUAAAACCAUGAAAAUGUGACUGAUGUCGAGAGAGAAGUGACCAAGCUCCAAACUAACCAGGGGCCCAAUAUUGAUCACAACUUAGGUGUCUCCUCUAUUCCACCUGACACCAGUCACCAAGGAUCCACUCAACACCAGUUCUUCAAUAGAUUCCAACAAUUUGUCCCCUUCUCUCCUUUCCAGAGACUUUCAUCCAUUUUUGUGAAUUAUUUUUCCUCCAGACACCCGCAUGCUACUGACCCUUUACCUUUCACUGGACUUUCAAUAAUUUAUUCUGACACCUGUGGAGGUGGGAGGGGGCAUCUGUGUUUGAUGGUUCUAUACCCCUGUCCCUGGCCAGGGGUCUGAGGAGAUGGUCAACAGAAACUGUGCAGAAGAUGAGUUGUGUGUGUAUGUAUAUAUAUAUAGACACACACACACACACACACACACACACACACAAGCAUAAGAAACACUCGCUCUGCAGACUGGAUCAUAACAGCAAUUAAAACUAGCAAAACAAGAUUCAAAUUAAUGAUGGCAUAAAAUCUGCUUUAAUUACUGAUAUGAAUGUUUGUGUUGUGUGUGUGUGUGUGUGUGUGUAUAUAUAUAUGUGCACACACAUGUAUACGUGUUAGCAACAGUGGGGGGGGGGAGCUGAAAAGUUUGUGUUUUUCAAAGCAAAUCCCUUGUGAUGUUUGUUUUGCCUCAAGCUACAGCUACUCCUUGUCCACUUAUGCCACUAGAAAUGCUGUGAAUCAAUGGCUUAGCAUGCUGGAACCUUACAAGCAAUAAUGCUGUUCUUUACCAGUGACAUUUUGGAAGUUAUCAGAAGACAGAUCUAUGAACAGGUGUUGCACCAGCAUGGCCUUGGUCAUCUCAGGGAGCGUGGUGGGGUGCCCCCACCUCCACAAUAUCCCCCUUCCUUUCUCUCUUUAUGUCAGUACCACUCCACCCUCCAACUUGUGAUGAAAAUGGAUGGUGAGGGUUAACAAGAAGGUUGACACCUUUGACCCUGUCAGGUCAAAGGUCAUAUUCAUAAAUGACAUUGAAUCACCACUCUAAUAAACUUCUUUAUUUUUUA